CAAUCAGUUAUAUCAAGUUUGUAACAGAUUUAUUGACCUCCAACCAUGGGAAAAAAUAUAUUUUUUUUAACAACAACAGGUUCCCAUAUCUCUCUUUAUAUAUAAAAGAAAUCCUGGAAUGGAAAAGCAAGGCGACGAUACGCAAUUUUCUCAGAAGUCCUUGGAAGACAUUUUAAAGACUCGCGAGACAAAAAAAAAAAAAGACUGGCCACGGAGCGUCUCGCGGGGACCUAAACACGAGACUUGGUGCCACGAGAUUGACCCAGGGCCGUCUCGGGGGGACGUGGAACAUAAGAGCCUUGCAAGACAUGCCCUUCUUAUCAAAUAAGAGCUCGGACAGCCAGCAAAACAUUAAGUCAUGUAAAGUUACGUGGCACACGCAGAGCCUGUGCUCUCAGCAAAGAAGAAAGAGCAGCGCGGAGAAGAGAGUCCUAAGGCGCCAUACACAUGCAGAGAAAAGACCUCUAGGCGAACUCGUCUUGAGACGAGACAUCGGGUCAAGAUAAGAUUUACUCUGUACAUCCAUCUUGGAGAAUUAACAGUGCAUUGGUAACCAAAAAGAAAAAAAAAAGGUGGGACCCCAAGAGGCUGGGCCGGCCCUCGGCUUGCAUACUUCAGACCCCCACUGGUUGUUGUGUUUCUGCAGGUAAUCGGGGGCUUCUUCAAGGCUUAUCUGCUCCAUGGGGCUCCCUGGAUGCGUCUUCUCCAGAAAGUAAUUGAUCACCGGUGUCGCUCACAUAGAAGAAAGACAACUACGGGCAGCGGUGGGAUAACCAAGAGGCGCUCAAGAUGAAUAAUGAGUGGGUGACGGCCAUCCUCGAGGAGUGCAAGCUGGCCUUGUCCCUCGGACCUUCAGAGCCGUCCAGGGAAAGCCGUCAGGAAUACGAGGACUGUCAAGCUUCACUCCCCGCUGAUCUGAGGACCCUGCUUGAAGAAGCCAAGGAAAUGAAGUGGCCCUUUGUGCCAGAGAGGUGGCAGUACAAACAGGCGGUGGGCCCAGAAGACAAAACAAACCUGAAAGACACCAUUGGAGGACGGCUGCAGGAGCUUCUGGUUUAUUUGAAAGCCUCAAUCAGAGUUGCCGACUUUGCUUCAGCGGCUGCCAUUGUGUUCCUGAUUGACCGUUUUCUCUACUGGGUCGAUGGCUCCCGAAAGCUCCUGCAGAUUGCUAAGGCUCUUCACAGACUCUCGCCUUCAACUCCAAUUGCGCCACAGGUGGUCAUUCGCCAGGCCCGGGUUUCAGUGAAUUCAGGUAAACUCCAAAAAGCCGAGUACAUUUUGAGCAGUCUGAUCAAUAACAGUGGCGCCACAGGGGGCUGGGUGUACCACCUAGAGAGCGACAAGGUGCUGGUGCAGGCCGUCAGCGUGCAGAUUCGAGGCCAGAUUCUGCAGAAGCUUGGUAUGUGGUAUGAGGCUGCUGAGCUCACUAGUGCCUCGCUCGUCGGCUUCAAUGCACUCCCAAUACCUGACAAAAAGGGCAUCGGUUCAUCGCUGGGGAUUCUGGCCUAUAUAUUGGUGUCGAUGAACGACGACGAUUUCCAGAGGUUUAGGAAGAACUGCUCCAUAAAUUUGGGCUUCAAAGGCUGUGACCAUCGACUCCUAUCCGCUGCAGGGGCAGCUAGACGUUCAGCAGCUUUCGGCCAGUACACCCCCCUGUUUGUCCUGAGCAGCACACUUGUCUGUGGGUCGUGUUUGCUGUCAUUCAGCCUGUCAUCUGCUUGUCCUCCAGAAGACAAACUGACGUAUUUGAACGAAGCCAAGGAGGCUUUCACAGUUGGGCUUCUGACCAGAAGGGGUGAAGAAGUUGUCACAAGCAAGCAUGAGCUGCACUGUUUUAUUAAGGCCAUUUUCUGCCUCACGGUCACUCACAAAUGGCUGGGUGAGGCCCAGAUGGUAGUGGAGGAGGCCGAGAACAUGUGCAAGGAGGCCAUGCGAAAGUUUUAUGUGUACAUUAAAGCAGAGAGCAAAGAGAAAGAGAAUCUGGCCCAGGAGAUCUUGGUACUUGUCAGCCGUGUGAAGUCUCUUUUGCAAGUGACGGAUUUUCCUAAUUCCGACGCCAACUCUUUUGUCCCAGAUAGCUACAAGAGCUCAUUGGAAGAACCGGUGGUUUUAUCCCAAAUUAGCUUUGACGAAAUCAUUGAAAGUUACUCCCAGUACCACACCACCAUUUGUGAAGCUUUUGAAACAUCCUGCAGGGAGUCGAAAGAGCAAAGGCAGACAGUCGCCGAAGCUUGUAUCACAGCAAUGAAAACAGAUACCAAAGACGUCGACACAGAGUGGUUCACCGAAAGCCAUCACUCCUCGUCCAGUCCGGAAAGCGGAGACGGUCUCAGUCGAGCUGAAAAGAGACGUCGGGAAUUUGCUAGAAAAGCUAGACCAAUGCAUUCGAGCGAAAGCGACGACAGAAAAACGUCUCUCAACGACAGUCAGUCCUCGGGGUCUUCGUGGUUCCGGCUUUCUGAGUCAGAUGUAUCCAGCGGCUGGGAGGAAAUCGCUGAUUGUCCGGAGGAACCAGAAAGAAAUCAAGCAGCAGAUUUUGACACGCAGUGUUCGACCUACUACGACGAAAUGAGUGAAGGCAACCUGCCUCAGAAUGUCGAUCGUAAUUCUCAAGAAAUGCAGAAGCCUUCUUUGCAGGAAACUAAAAUGGAUCUUUCACCUCUCCCACCUUCGGCAAAAGGACCAUCUAUUUCAUCUGAAUAUGGUGACUCACUAACCACAGUUUCGGUGCAUAAGGAGGAAAAGGGGGGUCCGUCAGAUACGCAGAACUUCAAGGACAGUGGUGAACACUCUCUUAGUCAAACCAGAAAACAAAAAGAGUCCACAAAUAAGGAAGAAAUGGGGAGUCCAUCGAAAAUCCAGAACAUGGAGGAGACUCGUGAAUCCCCCCCUGGCCAAACUAAAAACGAGUCCGAGUCUUUAAAAGGUCUCCACUCGCCAACACAUGUGCUCUUUGACACAAUUGACACCCAAGCAGAAACCAUUGAUGAUACUGAUGACUUCUUAAUGGCUGCAGGACAAAAUUCUUCAAGGAUCCCCGAUGUUAAUCAAGCUGAAGAUGAGCUUGGACAAGGCAGCAAACUGAAGGAGUCUGAGGGAAGUCCUCCUGACACUUCUGUUCAGAAUGUCACACGUCACAGUGAGAAUGAAGAUGGUGCCGGUGAGUCGAGACCACCAGCCCCAGCAGACGACAACUUCUGUGAUCAGGAAACUGAAGAGGGCGACGAAAAAGACGACUAUCUCUCGCAGAUCCUCAACUCUAGUCACAGUUCCAUUUCUUCUCUGAAGUCCUCGUUUGGAGCUUCAUUCUUCUCCUCUGGCAGUUUUUCGGAAGUGGACAGCCCUUCCUUCCUUAAUUCCAGCACCGAUUCAUUUGUCUUUGUCCAAGGGCAGAAAGAAAUGGAAAUUUUAGAGAAGCGGACCCUAAAGCCAGAAGAUUACACACAGCUGCUGUCGGGAGUGAGCCAUACGUGGCUUCUGGAAAGAUUUCAAGACACGGGUGUGUUCAAGCCAAAGAGGCUCAGAGAAGUGUACAGUGCUCUGCUUUUAAAAUGUUCUAAAACGUCAGCGAGCCCCGGAGUGUGGACAGCCCAAGAAACUCAGGUGUACAUUGGGGCCCCUCUUGGACGCAAAGGCAAACAGAGAUCGGCGUUUUGGAUUCAGUUUUUACAUCAGGAAGAAAUGUUAGGCAGGUAUAUUGGUAAAGAAUACCAGUCAUCCAGGGAACUCUAUUACCACCUGAACGACGUCGAGAGACAAAUGACGGCCCAGUACUACGUGAGAGAAUUCAACAAGAGGCUGUAUGAGAAGCAGAUCCCCACUCAGAUCUACUUUGUUCCAGCAGAGGUUCUACUGAUCGUGGAGGAUAACGUAAUAAAGGGCUGCGUGAGCGUGGAGCCGUACAUUCUUGGAGAGUUCGUGAAGCUCACAAACAACAGGAAAGCCGUGGUGAGAGAAUAUAAAGCGACCGAGUACGGACUGGCGUUUGGCCACUUCACCUACGAAUUCUCCAGGCACAAGGAGGUGGUGGUGGACCUGCAAGGCUGGAUCACCGGAAAUGGCAAAGGCCUGCUGUACCUGACGGACCCCCAGAUUCAUUCGAUUUGUUGGCCAAAGCCGUCGUCGUCUGGGAGGCACGGUAUCGACUGUUUCCUCAAAUACCAACAUGGACCAGAAUGCAACGAAAUCUGUAAAAUGCUUUCUUUGAAACAAGUCAGGUAGUGCCGUCUGGCCUGAUGGUGGUGAGGACGUUCUCCGUUACAGAAAUGCUUGUGUUGUUUUAUCGUUUGUUUCUUACUGUACUUUUAGGUCACUGCCAACAUGGCUGUGUCUUAACUCUGGUGCUGGUCCUCUCAGGGGUUUUUUAACAUUUUUUUUAACUGUAUUUGUAUUAAAACUUAAGUUUUUUAUGGAGCAGGAACUCAGCUUUUAGAGAACAACUUGCCUUAAAAUGACAUCCAGCAUCCCAAGUUCAUAUCCUGCAGCUGGCCGUCGUCCAUUCGGGGUUUGCGUGUUCUCCGUGUGUCUGUCUGUUCUUAUCUCUCAAGUCCCCAAAGACGUGUGUGAGGGGAUGCUAAGUAUGUCCACACUAAGAGUGCCGUUUUUAAACAAACACAAUCUCCAUCCAUACUGGCGUUUCCACAUUGUGCCCCCACUAAACACACACCAUGUAGUCGUUGGCCUACACUCGACAUGCAAAGUGCCCACCUUAAAAGGGGAGGGCUACACCAACGGCCACGGGAUUUAUCAUAAAACUGUAGUGACUGGUAAAUUAUUUUGCCUUUUGGAUGUGUAAACUGUACAAAACACGAUUUACGGUGGAUGGACACAAUCAGCACAGAAAGCCUCCGCCAUGUUGGAACAGAAGAACUUUGACAUACGAGAGGAGGCCACUCAGUCCAUUUGUCACUCGUGUGUUUAGCUAAGUGGCCACUCAUAUGUCACCCAGAUCCUUCUUGAAGGUUUCUACUUCAACUCCACAUCUUGGAGUCCCACAACUGUCUAUGUGAAGGAGAGCUUCCUGGCUUUGGUCCCAAGUGCUCUUCCCCUUAACUUCCACUGAUGUCCUUGAGUACAGGAGUCACCCUUACGCCGAAUACGGUUCCAUUCUGUGAAUGGGGGGACCAAUCAGGGAAGAGCCAGGUAAUCCGCACAAAUCAAGCAGAGCGCGAUUCGACUUGGCAUUUUCAAAGCCGUAUGUUUCCUACCGAGCUGCACUGCGAUGCUGAGUUGCCGUUUUCAGACAUACUUGUAUGCGGCACUUAACAUCCAUCGUAUGUUGUGCAAACGCCAUAUUAUGUACAGUUCUUUAGAUAGUGUGACAGAUAGGGGGCACCACUGAGCCCCAAACAACUGUGACAGAGGCAGCCCCAGGUUCAAAACAGAGGGGUUUAUUACACAGCACGUUUCUUCCCGGUCUCUGAAGCACAUGUAUGCACAAUUGUCGUCUUCCUUUCCUCGUUCCAUCUCUUCUCUCUUUCUCUCUGUAAACCUCCCUCCCGUCAGUGUUGUCUUCCUUGAUCCCAGCUUCCUUUUAAGUUGGACCCGGAAGUACAUCCAGGGCCAGGGCAUAGCCUUAGGGAAGCACUUCCUGGUCAGGUGGAAGUCCUGAAAGUGUUGUAUCCCUGCAGCACCCCCUGGCAGCUCCCAUGGGACACAGCAGGGCUGACUCUCUGCACUACAACUCCCAUCAUGCCCCUCCUGGUUUCACAUGGUGACUGUGUUUCUGGGAUGCUGCCAUCUAGUGGAUUGGGAUGAAAAUAGACAAAUUUUAGUAGCUUUCCCCCUCUGCUCCCUUAUGUUGUCCUCCCAUCCGGGUAAGGAUCCCACACAUAUCCUGGCCAGAAUGCCAGAUAAUCCUGCUUGGCACUUACAAUAGAUUGAUAGAAAUCUGUCUUUUUACCGAAGCUCUUUACUACUUAACACAACUAUAUGGGGUACUGCAGUGUUCCUGUUUUGACCACAUAACACCAAAGCACUCCAGAGACACGCGAUAUGUGAUAUGAGUCGAAGCAGGCGUUGUUAUACGAUACAAUAACGAUAGAAAGUACAGCACAGUAGUGGCAGCGCAAUGAAGAGACACGAAAGACGCGUGUUGUGUGCAGGAAGCUGGCGCGUUCACCACAUGUGGCUAUGCUCAUUAUGUCCCAUUCUAAGACUGGGAUUUCUGAACGGACUUUGUAAUUCCAUUACAUUGACUUUGUCCAAAUGCACCACAGGGCUGUAUACGAUGCCGGAGAGCAUUUUCAAAAGUCGUUUUUGGGGGUUAAAAACGCAGAAGUUGAAUGGACGAAAGGCUAAAAUGGUGACGAAUGUCUGCAUGUUUAAAUGACCGCGUGGCAGUGUGGACACUGGCAUGCGCGUGUGUGUGUCAGGUGAUGGCUCUGAUGCCCCUGGGAUAGGCCCCGCCCACCCCUGCACUGGAUCAAGCCGGUUAGAGAAUGUUAAGAGUCUGCUUUUUGGGUUCAGGCCCGUUUACAAGAACUCUCUUGUGAACCGCCACGUGUCUUUCCGGUGAAGUGUCCGCCGUCUUUGCCGCUAACUUAAUUGUGUUCUUUGUGUUGUCAUAAUGAGUUUGUCAUUUCUGUAACUUCUGUUGUCUACCUAAGUAGAAAUGGACUGUAAUAAUCCAGAACUAUGAGGCGCCACACCAGAGAGAUGUACUUAUUAAAAUGAAGGCACGAGGUGUCUUGCAAUGGGAGUCCGUUAAAGCUCAGCACACGCUGCCCACUUGUCUUUCUUCACCUGGAGCUCCGCGCCCCCCCGCUCUGCACUGCAAUCGCUUCCUUUGGUUUGCCAGUUGGUGGAUUCAUCCCGCGCUGAAUUGACGUUGCUGUUUUUUUUCCUCUCGAUAUUUUCAACUGCUUUGUGAAACAAGUGUGACUGAGGGUGGCAUUGUGGCCCAGCUUUGUGGAUACAGCCUCCUGGCUUGGGGUGGCACCUGCAUGUUCUCUCUGUGUCCACAUGUUUUUCUCUUACCGAUAAGACCUGAGGUGAUUGGUGAUUCUAAAUCCCCUCCAGUGUUAGGUUGGCCAGGAUUGGCUGCGGCCCCGUAACUGGAUAAAGCUGGUUGUGAGAGUGUUGUGGGAAGUUUGAAUUGGCUGAGCAUUAGAAUUGUGUGGUAUACCAGUACUGGAAAAGUAGUGAAAAAUUAGAAAACGGUACGGGGAUUUUGGGAUUUUCGGUACCUUCAGUAAAACAUGAGCUUUCCUUUCAAUCCUAACUUGCCAUUCACCUCAAACCAGACCGAAUCCCGAACACUCGCUAUUGCACGCAUUGACGUGAUCGCAACUUCACCAUGAAGACCAGGACUCUGGACAGACAAGACCAAGAUAGAAUUAGUUGGUCACCAUAUCAGAAGACACAAAAGGACUGGAUACCAACUGUAAAGCAUGGCGGCGGUGGCAGUGAACAUGUCAGGGUUUGGGAUCGCUCUGCUGCAUCAGGGCCUGGGAAGCUCAUCAUCACUGAAUCCAUUAGGAAUUCCUCAACAAUGACGACGGUGUGAGACGCUCUGAGGCCCAACUGAAUGGCAUCCUUGGCAAACAUGGUCAUAACCCUAAAACAUACCAGGAGAGCCACCAAGGAAUGGCUGGAAAGGAAAGGAAACGGAAGGUUCUGGAAUGGCCAAGUCAAAGAUCCGAAUCUGUGCACACAGGACACCCCUCAGACGUGGAAAAAGAAGACAACCCUUCUGACAUCGGAGGCCAUUAGACGGGCAUAAGAAACGUCCACUUGAGGGGGCAACACCGGGCAUCGGAGAUGAGGGACAGAAGUGGCACAUCAUUUUAUGUUUUAUUGAAUGAAUUGUUCGAUUUUAUUGUUUUUUCUUUCCUUCAAUUGCAUCACCUUUAUCUACAGACGCAGUUUGAAUCAUACAUUUCAAAGGGGGGUACUUACUUUUUCCCACGACUCCUUACUCAUCUCUGAUGGGGGUCUUGCAGCUGCUGGUCUCCGCCAUGUCAGGCCUUCUUAAUGGGCCGCUUGUUUAAGGGCCUGACCGAGCACAACGUGGAAAUGCCGCGUAAACGGAACCUGCGGUGAGCCUUCCUACCUGUCAUGGCUGCUCGCUCCUAUAUUUAUAUUAAAAAAAAAAAAAAGAAAAGGGCCGAUUGGCUGAGCGUGCGAUGGCCUUUCAGAACUCCACUCUUUUUGACAGCGAGGGGCCUCCUUUUCUCGUCAACGUUGUGCAUAAAUGUUCUGAUAAAUAAGCUUGACUGUCAGAUGUAUAAAGUAUUUUUUGAACACAAUGCUUAUUUGAACAAAGCGUUCGCUGACUUUCAUAGCCGGAAAAAAAAAAAAA